AUGACAUUCAAGCCCUCGCAGACUGGAAGUGCUCCUUUAAAGCAGCAGCGGCAGCAGCAGCAGCAGCACCAGCAGCAGCAGCAGCUCCAGCAGCAGCAGCACCAGCAGCAGAAGCAACGCCAGCACCUGCAGCAGCAGCAACAGAAGCAGCACCACCAGCAGCAGCAACAGCAGCAGAGGCAGCUCCAGCUGAAGCAGCACCAGCAGAAGCAGCACCAGCAGAAGCAGCACCAGUAG